GAGAGAAGCAACGCUGGGCUACUGCUCACACACGUCUGUCACAGAGAUAUUGCUGGAUACAGAUUAGUCAAGAGGAAGAUUAUCAGUAAGGAUGACUAGCGCCUGUGUGAACUGCCUGAAAUCUCUGGUGACAGCUCUGCACUUCCUCUGCUGGCUAAGCAACGCCUUUGUGGUGGCCUUUGGUGAAUUCAUGAUGAUGCACUCCAGGUUUGCCUCUCUAGUCACCUCCUUCUGGCCAGUCUACCCUGCCAACACUCUGGUGGUCACUGGUACCAUUGCCACCUGUGUGUGCUACUUGGGAGUGGUUGGAGGCAUGAGGGAGAACCGCUGCAUGCUCAUAAGCUUUUAUGUCCUGCUGUCCUUCCUGAUAUCUGUGGAGCUGGCCAUGGCCUGUGUGUUUUUUGUCUACAACAGAGAGAUUGGCACAUACUUUGAGAAAGAUCUGAUGCACAGCUUGGAGGUCUACAAGAUAUCGGGUCCAGGAGAAAAUCAGACACUCAAAGAUGACUUUGAUGCCAUCCAGUAUCUGUUUAAGUGCUGUGGAGUCCACGGUGUGGCAGACUGGGGGGGAAAUGUCCCAAUAUCCUGUUGUACUCUGGACCCUUGUAACGUCACUGACCAGCCCAACUGGCAAGAGGGUUGUGUUGGGAAACUGCAGGACUGGUUUGCCAAAAACUACCUAAGCACAGCGGCAGGAGUGGUCUCCAUGUUUAUCUUACAGUUUCUUUGCAUGUCUAUCACCCUCCCUCUCUUUUGCUGCUUUGCUGUACGUGGACAGGGUUACUGAAAAAGGUCCAGAGGAACUCUACCUGCAAUUCACAGAUACUUUCCACAUGUCAAGACGAUGCUUUUCCCUAUCUCAGCUUUUUAUUAAUCUGUUCCGAACACCAAAAAAUCCGCUGCUAUUUCCAUCUGUCAAAAAGGGAGCUAGCUGAUUAUCGCCAUUAAGAAUAUCAUAUGAGGUGACAGAUCAUUAAAUGUGAUACGGAGACAUGUAAUUGGAUAAAAAGUGAUGACAUGAUUGUGUUAGCACUAUUCCAACCCUGUAGGAUGUCAAGACAUUUUCUCCCUGUGAGUGCUGGGUGUUCACCACUUCCUUGUAUGUUAGACUUGAGAUAGACUAAAACCAUAGCAAAAGGACUCAAAAUCUUGUAGGUAGUGUAGUGGUUUUUAGUACUGACAUUUCACCCCCUCUUCUGUAAGAAUUAGCCAACACCACCUGUCUUAGAAAUGUCCUGCUUCUCUUCUAAUUAAAGUCCUGGCUAACGUCACAUCCUGGUGUUUUUAAAGUGAAUCUGAGCAUCUUCCAUCUUCUACUGUUAUCAGCUCAGUUUGGUAGACUGUCUAAAACCAGCAUGUAGGCUUGUUUAGCCUCUUAACAUCCGCCAGGUCAUCAGUGAGUUGACUAGUAUUAGCCACAUGCUAAUUAGGAAUAUUUUUGUGAGCUAGACAAUGUUACUUUUCAAAUGAAGUCACAUACUUUUAGGCAUUACAGUUUUUCUGAUAAAAGCUUACCCCUCACCCCUAACACUAACCUUUGGUUGCCAGUGACAAAGUGGAUGUAAAUGAGGUUAAGAACUAGCAUGACGUUGUAAUGAGGUCGAAACUCUCAGUUGACUGCAGCAAUGUUCUUAAGGUAGUGCCAUUAAGAUCAAAUUAUGUAUAACCUGGUGUGCUGUGGUAAUAAAGAAAUCACAGUUGUCUCAGUUUUAAGUUGUGAAGUGUUUUAAUUUUUUUAUGAUUUCUUUAUUUAAUCACGUUUAUGUGUUUUCUGGUUUAGCUGAUCCAGCUGAUUUAUCCUGUGAAUUCCCCAGUAGUUCUUGAAAAGAGGGGCAUUUAAACUUGUGUAUGGUCCCUUAAUGUAUUUAAUAAAAUAAUAUAUA